AUGACUCAGUUGCACAUUGAGGAGACAAAUGGACGUCACUUGAACGUUGCUUUCUCUCCGUCGGGAAAUGAUUUCUUCGACUUGUCUAAACAUGAUCCAGAGACGAUCGUCGAAAUAAGUCCUAAUGGUAGAUAUGCAAAGUUGAACACGGUAUUGGGAAAAGGUGCUUAUAAAGUUGUUUACAAAGCAAUAGAUCGUGAGGAGGGCUAUGAAGUAGCCUGGAAUUGCUUCCAGACAACGAAGGCUCAGUUUAACGCUUUAAGUCAAGAGAUAAGCAUCCUUAAAGAAGUAAGACAUCCAAACAUCAUCGCUUUCCAUGAUUGGUGGUAUAGCAAAGACAACGAAUUUAUUUUUGUGGCUGAAUUGAUGACGUCUGGAACAUUGCGAGAAUACAUUCGCAAACUCUCUCUUCCAAACAUGAAAAUAGUCAAACGUUGGUCUCGUCAAAUUCUAAAAGGUCUUAAAUAUCUCCACUCCCACGACCCUCCAAUCAUUCAUCGUGACAUAAAAUGCGACAACAUCUUCAUAAAUGGCGCACAUGGCGAAGUGAAAAUUGGUGACAUGGGAACGGCAAAGAUGAAGUUGGGCAAGAAGUAUACCGUCAUAGGAACUCCCGAGUUUAUGGCGCCAGAAAUGUACGAUGAGAAAGGAUAUAGCGAGAAAGUAGACAUAUAUGCAUUCGGGAUGUGCUUACUGGAGAUGGUGACUGGCGAAUACCCAUAUAAUGAGUGUAAGAAUGCUGCACAGGUGUAUAAGAAAGUGAUACAGGGCAGCAGACCGGAGUGUCUUAAUAAAGUUCAAGAUCCGGAAGUGCUUGACUUAAUAAAUCAUUGCAUUGCCCCAGAAAAUGAAAGGUAUACUGCCCACCAAAUAGUGAACCAUACUUUUCUUUUGGUUGAUCCAGAAGUAGUUCUACUAAGUAUGGAUCCGGAAAAAGUAAAUUUGAGUUUACAAUUAGUAUUUAAGGGUAUGGACAAACUCUCGGUGAAAUUUAAUUUUAAUGUUGUUAAAGACACAGCUGAAGAAGUUGUCGGAGAGAUGAUUGAAGAGCAGGUACUUCAUCAGAAAUACAAGACUCUGAUAACUCACGAGAUCAAUCGCAUUCUAAGAGAACUCAAUAAAAUACAAAAUGGUGAUGACCAAAACAAAGAGGAAGCCAAUUCAUUGUGGCCAAUAUCUGGAGCCUUAUCAACCGUAUAUGGUGGAUCACGGUCUAAUAUAGCAUUGACAAUAUCUCCAGGGUCAAUGGCGCAGACACAUGUGGAAAGGAAUUUCAUGAAUGGUAUGAUUAGCCCUUUGUAUCCGGGGAUGGAACCUAAUCGAAGAAGAGAAUGGUUGAAUGAUCCAGAAGAUUCGGUACCAGUGCGAGAGUAUCCAAACGAUACCCCCAUCGAAGAAUUUGUCAGCGACACUGCUCAAGCACUACAUCGCGAUAUGGAGAAGGCUAGACAGUGGACGGAUAAGUUAAAAAAGGAAGAUAUUAUGACAGUUGGCGAUCUUCGUCGUUUGCAUGACGAAGAUUGGGCGGGCAUUAAAUUGACCGUGUUUGCGACGCGUGCUCUAAAAAAUGCACUUGCCGAGAGCACAAGAUUACGUAGUCCGAGAAGCACUGCCAGUACGAGUUCAAAUGGUCAUGAAGAAGGACUGUAA